GGGAAUCAUUGCCUCUUUGGGUAAUACUCGUAGCUUGCGGUGGGCGGGGGAGGGACGAGAGGCGAGCGGAAUGGUGGAUCCGAACGCGAUCAUGGAGGAGGCGGCGCGGCUCGCGGAGGCGGCGCGGGAGCUCGACGAUGCGGCCGCCGCCCUCAUCUCCAGAACCUGGAACGAGGAGCAAUCCCUUCGCCAGCGCGCCCUAGCUCUCGAGUCCGACCUCCGGAGGCUCCAGUCGUCGCUGGACUCCGCCGCCAAAAAGAAGGGCGCCAUCGAUUCGAAGAUCGCCGAAAAGGUCGACGAAGAGUUAUACAGGGUGAGAUGCGUCAUUAAUGAUGGGGACGUCGCAUCGCUGCUUCCCAGCAAGGCUCAUGGUCGGUUCUUGAAGAUGUUUCUUGGCCCUGUCAAUGUACGAGCAACAAGGAAGGAAGUUCAACUGAAAGUGAAGGAGGAGUAUAAUAGCUACAGGGACAGAACAGCCUUCUUGUUUCUUAUAUUUCCAUCCACCUUACUACUUUUGAGAUCUUGGGUUUGGGAUGGAUGCUUGCCUGCAUUGCCUGUCCAGCUAUAUCAGGUUUGGCUGUUAUACCUCUACACAACUUUAGCUUUGCGGGAGAACAUAUUGAGCGUAAAUGGAAGUGACAUUCGUCCUUGGUGGAUCUAUCAUCACUAUUGUGCCAUGUUGAUGGCCCUUAUCAGUCUCACAUGGGAGAUAAGGCGGCAACCUGAUUGUGCUUAUAAGCAGAGGGGGGUACAACUGUUCCUGGUGUGGGCUAUGAUGCAAGGUGUUGCUAUGCUUUUACAAAACAGAUAUCAACGUCAAAGGCUGUAUACACGCAUUGCAUUGGGCAAGGCAAAAAGAAUGGAUGUCGUAUGGGGAGAAACUGCUGGUGUUGAAGGUCAACUCUUAUUGUUAUGCCCCAUCCUUUUCAUUUUACAGGGAUUUGAAGCAUUCAUUGGCUUGUUACUACUUCGCACAGCUUUUGUUGGUGUUACUUGCGAGUGGCAGGUUAUCGUCUGUGGAAUAUUGCUGGUUUUGAUGGCAAUUGGUAACUUUGCAAACACAAUGCAGACACUGAUAGCGAAAUCCAGAUUCAAAGCAAAGAUGAAAAGAACAAGGAGCAAGCAGGAUAUUGAUCAAUGUAUCUCGUCUGUGGAUCCUUCUUUAAUGGGUUCCAAGUCAUCAAAGGCAUCCUAAUCCAGAAAAUAGUGAAGUUCACAUCAUUUUUCUCUUCAAGCAUGGUCAUAUUCUGGAAUGCUAAUCAUGUGCAAAAGCAAUGCUGAUUUGUAGAGCUUCUACCUGCAUGUCUGUGACUAACAGAUGAUCAGCCAUGCAUUAUGAGGUUAAAUGUGGUUUUGCAAUAUGAUUGGAGGUUUUUUAUUUUUUGUGUGUGCUCUCUUCAGCCUCUAUCACUCUGAUGUUUCAGGCAUUUGUACCCAAUUAGAUCAGCAGUUCUUAGGUUUUUUCUAUUUGUCUGUGGUUUAAUAAUGAAUGUAAACUGGAAGACCCCAAAAUAAAUGGAGAAAGUAACAAAACAUUAGUCUGUCUUUUAUUUUA